UCGAGACGUCGGGGUGCCUGGCACCUGCUGGCACCGGGGCCGGCGACUCACGAGCCACGGAAGGCUGCCUGUCGGUGAUCCGAGAGCCCUUCCGUUACGCCAGGGCCGGUUGAGCAACUUCUUUGCAUGUCUCGCGUCCGGUUUUCGUGCGGGGGCGGUGCAGCACCGGCAGCUCCCUUUUAAAACAAACAAAACAAAACAAAACAAAAAAAAAAACGAGUCCACAACUGUGCAGGGGAGGCUGAUGUCGCCGACGCUGCAGCCAGGUGUUCGUGUCGCCGUGCGGUUACUUGAGGGAAGCCGCCCGGUGAAGUGUUGUUCUUAUAUUCAUUUAUUUAUUUUUUAUUUGUUUUAAACAUUUUUCCGUGGUAUGACAGUUAGGAGCUUUUUUUAUGGCUAAUGGCACAACAGGAGGACUUGGUUUUCAAAAGACAAACUUUUCAUUACCUGAAACCUGACGUUGGCUGCAGCAGCUGGCCCACCUGGAUCUGAUCCCGAGAGAAUGGAGAAAUGUAUACGUUGCAGGGUAUAAUGUUUUUAUGAGGACAGAAGCUGCUCCGUCUCUUUCUGAUUUAUGGGCUCGAUGCCCUCAGUGGGUUUUUUUUGUUGUUGUUUUUUUUGCGGAUCGUCUGAGCUGACUCGUUGAUCAUGGCUGGUGGUGGGACUGCCGAUCUGGGCCCUACGGCCGCUGUCAAGAUCUUCGCAGCUGGAACAGCUGGCUGCGUGGCCGACCUGGUCACUUUCCCCCUGGACACAGCCAAGGUCAGACUGCAGAUUCAAGGUGAAUCCAGGCCCGCGCCGGAGGGCCAGGGGGCAAGAUACAGAGGCGUGUUUGGCACCAUCCUCACCAUGGUGAAAACCGAGGGCCCGAGGAGCCUGUACGGUGGCCUGGUGGCAGGGCUGCAGAGGCAGAUGAGCUUCGCCUCCGUCCGCAUCGGCCUGUACGACACCGUAAAGCAGGUCUACAGCACGGGAUCGGAGAAUGCGGGAAUCGAGACUCGGCUCCUGGCAGGCUGCACCACGGGGGCGAUGGCGGUGGCCUUCGCCCAGCCCACCGACGUGGUCAAAGUCAGGUUCCAGGCUCAGGUCCGCCUGCCCGAGAGCGGCCCUGUGAGGAGAUACAGCAGCACCAUGGACGCCUACAGGACCAUUGCCAGGGACGAGGGCGUUAAAGGGCUCUGGAAGGGUUGUCUGCCGAACAUAACUCGCAAUGCCAUCGUGAACUGCUCCGAGCUGGUGACCUAUGACGUCAUCAAAGAGCUCAUCCUGAAGUACCACCUGAUGACAGACAGCACGCCGUGCCACUUCACCGCAGCCUUCGCAGCGGGGCUGUGCACCACGCUCGUAGCGUCCCCGGUGGAUGUGGUGAAAACGCGCUUCAUGAACUCGGCGCCCCGGCAGUACAGCGGUGCCAGUGACUGCGCCUUGACCAUGCUGACCAAAGAGGGGCCCUCCGCUUUCUACAAGGGAUUUAUGCCCUCCUUUCUUCGUCUGGGUUCCUGGAACAUUGUGAUGUUUGUGAGCUACGAGCAGAUGAAGAGAGCUGCGACGAGAUUUCAGCGGUCCUGCGAGUCUCCGCUCUGACACCCCCCCCCCCCCGUCUCUCGCACCCGGUUUGGCACUGGACCGCUGCAGCAGCUGCCGCCGCGGCGAAGCCAGGACGACUCUGCGCGAGGCAGCGCGCCCUUUAGGAGAGACGGUCUGGUUGUGACUGCUGCUGGUCCGGACCCGUUCUCCCUCAGGGAGGAAACUGUGCAUCCU